AUGUGGGGGGUGGUUGGCGGGCGCCUCAGCGUGACGUUUGCUGUGUCUCAGGAGGUGGAUGACGAGGGGAUGCACGCCAUGCACAUCCCGGCCAGCGUGUACCGGGGAGAAAAUGUCAUUGGGGAGGAAGGGCCCAGCCCAGGGUGCUGCAGACUCAUCUGCAAACCCUCCGCCCUGGCCCGCUGCCUGCAGAGGAGCCUGCAGCGCUUCGCGGCCCUGCCGAGCGGACGCUGGCUGUGGACGAACUGGCCGCACCUCCAGACCAUGAUCCAGCUGCUCCUGCCCACCGCCCACCCGCCCGAGCUGGCCCGGGAGCUCCUGCAGCUGGCCGACGGGGGCCUCGUGGCCCUGGACUGGGUCAUAGGGGCCCAGGGGGCUGGUAAGAAGAGCAGAGCAAGCCCGGCCUUUGGCCCUGCCCCGGUGCUGCUUGUGCUCCCCAACGCCGCUGGCAAGGUCACCAGGGGCAUGCUGCACCUCUGCCUGCAGGCCCUGGAGCAGGGCUACCAGCCCCUAGCUAUGGCAGCCGUUAGCCAUGGGGUCCCGAGUAUGAGAUGGGAGAACUUGGAAAGCAUCCAGCAGGGGGCAGCGAGGUGCUGGCGACUGCCACAUGCGCCACGCCCUGUUGGGUUUGUGCCUCCUAGGUAUGCCACGGCGCUGGCUGAGGUGGUAGACACAGCCAGGCUGUUCAGGAGCCGCUCGCUGCGGGAAUUCGAGGAAACCCUCUUCUGCCAGACCAAGCGGCACCCUGUCAGCUGGCAGGGUUAUUGGGAUCGCAACGACCCCCUGCGGGACGUGGACGAGGUGGCCGUCCCGGUCUUGUGCAUCUGCAGCGCCGACGACCCGGUGAGGGGGCCUCCAGCCAGCACCCUGCCCAUGGAGCUCUUCCACAGCAGCCCCUAUUUCUUCCUCCUGCUGACACCGCACGGCGGGCACUGCGGCUUCCUGAAGGAAGGGCCCUGCUCCUGGAGCCACGAGGUGACGCUGGAGUACUUCAGGGUUGUCGCGGAGUUCUUCCAUGCGGAAGAGAGGAUGAAGGGGCUGCAUCGGCGCAGGAGGGGCGCCCUGCAGAAGAGAGAGGCUGCGUCUGCUGCCUGUGACCUCCAGAUCUUCAGCUGGCAGAGGUGCUACACCAGGUAGCACUGGGCAGGUGCUGCGCCUGGCAUGUCCCUGUAGCAGACGCUUCAGGACAGCGUCCCUGGGAGCAGCUGUCCAAGAGCCAGGCAGCUCCCAUUCGAGAAGCCCAGCAGCACCCAGGCUCAUGCAACCUUCCCCUGUCCUCUUGUGCGCUCACACCAGUAUCUCCAGCACACAAAGGCCCCUCCCCACAGACGCAGACAGUCGAAAGCCUGCAGGACAGGUGUGUUCCUAGGACCCAGCUGUGCACUAAUGCAGGGCCGGCCAUGGCGAAGCGAGCCUAGGAAACACCACCAGCACACCUGCCGUUUCGGAGACUCCUCACCGGCCAGCCCGCGCAGGCCCCUGCCGCCACCGUAAUCUCCAUCAUGCAGAAGGACUGGUGCUGAGUGGUGCCACGAAGCCCAUGCCCUGACCCUUAGCCCCACCCUUUCAAAAACCAAAGCUGACACGCCAUCUACUAAAAUUACUUUAUUACAGUUGAUUUUUUAACAUUUCCUUUGCUAUGGUACAAAGGAUACUUACAAACAAAAUAUUACAUACGA